AUGGCCCAGUCGCCACCUCCACAGAGCCUCCUUGGCCACGAUCACUGGAUCUUCUCCCAGAGUUGGGGCUGGGCCUGCCACUCGGACUCCACGUCGCCGGCCUCCUCCUCAGAUUCGUCGGGUUCGUGCCCCUUAGAUGGCGCCCGCGGCCCCUCGCAGCCCGUUCCCCCGGCCCGCAGCGACAGGGCCGCAGAGGCCGCCCCAACGGCGCCCCGACGUGCGCGGAGCGGGCCAGAGGGCGGGCAGCGGCAGAGCGCCAGCGAGCGCGAGAAGCUGCGCAUGCGCACGCUCGCCCGCGCGCUGCACGAGCUGCGCCGCUUUCUGCCGCCGUCCGUGGCGCCCGCCGGCCAGAGCCUGACCAAGAUCGAGACGCUGCGCCUGGCCAUCCGCUACAUCGGCCACCUGUCGGCCGUGCUGGGCCUCAGCGAGGAGAGCCUGCAGCGCCGGCGCCGGCGGCACAGCGACGCGGCAUCCCUCCAGGGAUGCCUGCUCUGCCCCGACGGCGGCCCCGCGCAGAUGCAGGCGCACGCGCAAGUGCUGGCGCGCUGCCCGGGGCUUGGCUCUGCUGCCGGCGCCGGCGCCGGGGCGUCGUGGGGGUCCCCGCCCAACUGCCCCGGAACCCGACCCGCACCUGAGCGCCUAGGGAGCAGGAUCCCCGACACGGAUCCCUGGGUGACACCGUCUUACUGCACCAAUAUACAGUCGCCCCCGCAUCCAUCCCAGGAAAGAGACCCUGACGCGUCUGUCUCGACGCUAGCCCAAGCCUAUCCUGGGACGCAGGCAUCCCCAGAGCCCGGGAACCCGGCAGUGCCCUGGACGCUGCCUCCUGCGAUCCCAGAGCUGGCUGCAGUGUACCAGGGUAUCUCUGUGUCUCCGCAAUCCUGUCUGUCACUGGGAACCCCACCCCUCCUGCCCCACUCAUCAUGCCACAAAUUCCAGCCUCAGACCCAGUGGGGAUGCUGGAGUCACAGUGCAGAGGUGCUCCCCAGCUCAGAGGACCAGGGACCGGGCCCUGCCUUCCAGCGUACUGAAACAAGCCCUCCCCAGAGCUCAGGCCUGCAGCUCAGUGGCUGCCCUGAACUUUGGCAUGAAGAUUUAGAGGGAGCCCACCUGGGCAUCUUCUACUAA